GCUACGUAUUAUCCUUCAUUGAAAAGGUUGAAAUUUGUUGACCCUAAUCUACAUUUAUUUUAAAUUGAAAUUGCUUGUCCUUAAUUCAUUUGAAUAGGGUCUCCACACAAAAUAACGUAAUUAAACUACAGAACUUGUGUUUAUACUAUAAUCUUAUCUUGUUAUCAACAAGUUUAUCUAUCAGUUGAUAUAUGAAAGAUUCACGGUUUAUAGUUAUAUUGAUUUAGUACGUGUGCAGUUGGGAAAUUAGAUAUUUUCAAGAAUUUAAAAUUAUGAACAAUGUGAGAUUUUUUUUAAAAACUUGUUUGGAGAAACGACCCAUUUUAACCAAUUCGCUUAUAUAUGGAUCAUUAUGUACAAUAUCGGAAUUUUCACAACAAACUAUAUCUAAAAAGUUAUCAAAACCCAUUGAGCCCUAUGACACAGCAUCUAUCACGAAAUUUGCUAUUUAUGGAACUGGGAUAGGUGGUCCUUUGAUAGCAUUAUGGUACAGAUUUUUGGAUAAAAAGUUUCCAGGAUGUUCUUUGAAAAUCGCCGUGAAAAAAUUAGCAAUCGAUCAAUUGACAUUCACUGCAGGACUUUUGGUGGUAUUUUAUACCUCGAUGAGUAUAAUGGAUGGCAAGAAAGACAUUUUCGAAGAAUGUAGACAGAAGUUCAUACCGACGUACAAAACCAGUUGUUUGUUCUGGAUACCAGCUCAGCUGAUGAAUUUCAUUUUAGUGCCACCAAUAUACAGGGUAAUCUAUAUCGGAACAUGCUCGUUUGUGUGGAUUAACAUUUUAUGCUACUUGAAACGUCAAAAAGUAGAAUAAAGAAUUUCUAUGAAAUGGUAAUAUAUGUAUCAUAACAUUAGGAUUUAUAUGUAAUAUAUAUUUAUACAGAAU